UUAUUGUAAAUUUACUUGCAGGUAUAUUGCAUUUGCCUUUGUUGUAAAUUUACUUGCUAUUAAGAAUACAUAAUGUCUAUGCAAUUUCAAGAUGAUGCAGAUGGUAUACCUCCUUCUGAGGCUGAAAGUAGGAAUGAAAGGCCCCAAAGGAUAAAGCACCCUUCAGCCAAGAUGCUAGCCCAUCUAAUAGAUGAAAAGGAGCUCCUCCAUGUGAGGUUAGGUUCGGCAUGGGAGCGAAUUGUAACAUUAAUGGACAGAAUUGAGAGCUUGGGUAUUACAAGGGUGCCAUCCAUAUUACAGACAGACCUUGAAGAGACCUUCGGUAUUUGGAGGGGUUUGGUGUCUAAGAUAGUCCAGGUCCUCGAGCGCAUUAACGCCAAGGAUUCAGAGUUAGAAAUAGUGAGUGUCUUAGCUGACACUAAUGAGAAAGAAAAUAAGGUGAGGGCAAUUCUAGAUGCCUUGGAAUUUAGUUCUCCAUCUGUUAAUCUAAGGUCUGAGCCAAAAGGAAAUCAGUCUUCCUUAUGCAGCCAUGAGACCAAUCUUUUAAAAUCACCUGCUGUGGCACUUAGUCUUAAGUCCAACCGCUCUAGCCAGGUAUCUAAGCUAAGGGAGUGUGCAUCAUCUAAACAUAGCCACUCUAGCAAGUCUUCUGCUGCUGGGAGUGCCAUCUCUUCCCUAGCUGCCUUGCACAUUAAGGAGGCUGCACGUCUAGAGCUAAAGAGCAAGGUAGCGGGGGCGGAGGCUGAUGCUAAGGCAGCUGAUCUCACCCUUCCCUUUAAAGAAGAAGAGCAACGACUGCAAAUAGAACAGGCCCGUAGACAAAGCGAAAUGCAAAUAGAACAGGCCCGUAGACAAAGCGAAAUGCAAAUGGAACAGGCCCAAAGGCAAGGUGAAAUAGAAAUGCUUAGAAUAAGGAUGGAUGCUACUGCCAAAAAGGUAAGGGCUGAGACUUUGGCCAAGGCCCUAAUUGAGCCACUCACAGAAGAAAAUGUAAGUCAGUUGCCGAAGCAGGACCCUUCUUCCAAGGUGCUUGUGCAUCUUAAUAGCUUAAACAGCCAGUUUUCGGAUGAGGAACAGGAAGACUUCUCUCCUUACCCAGAGCAGGGCCCCAAAGUCACUUUUGAGUUUCCUGCAGAGCAGAGCGUCAUAGCGGGGAGCUCACCCUUGCCCGAGCUACCUGUGCCUCCUGCUAAAUCCCUAGGUCAGUCAAUCAGGGCCUCAAGGCCAAGUGCUAGUUGGCCCUUACAGACAGCUGCACAGGGAGCCACCGAUUCGUCAGUGGUCGAUGUCAUCCCUCCAAGAGGCCAAAGGUUGACGCAAGGUGCACGGUGGGAGUCCACUCCACAACAGCAAACUCCUCAAUUGUUCCCUUCGACGCCAGAGUCCCAGCUUGUCUCCAUCAUCAGAAGCCCCAGAAGAGAUCUUAAGGACAAGGGUGUCGAAAAGUUUUCGGACAAGCCUGAGGAAUUUCUUCUCUGGAAGGCCACCUUCCAGAGAGCAAUCAGAGACUUAAAGUUAUUGCCUGAGGAAGAACUGACUCUUCUGGCUGCAUGGUUGGGCCCAGCCUCAUCCUCACAAGUUAAGAAGAUCUACGCAGCCCACGUAGCCGAUCCCGACAAAGCCCUGGAAAAGGCCUGGGCCAGGUUGCAGCAGAGGUAUGGGGCCAGCACAGAGAUUGAAGCAUCUCUUAUGAACAAGCUCCAAAGGUUCCCAGCUUUGAAACUCAAAGACUUCAAACUCUUGUGGGACCUCAGCGAUCUCCUUACGGAAUUAGAGUCGGCCAAGGAGAAUCCAGAACUGCCCGGUUUGAAGUGCCUCGAACAGCACCUGUCCCAGAGGCAGAUCUUGACCAAGCUGCCCUUCACUUUGCAAGAACGCUGGGGACAGGAGGUCUUCAACUACAAGGAGGCCCACUCCCAGGCAUACCCUCCAUUUUCUCAUUUGGUCCAGUUCAUCACCAGGGCGGCCAGAGAAAGGAAUGAUCCGCAGACGGGCCUCCCCACCUUAUACCAAGGGACCCAGCCAGAGAAGGCACCUAAAGUGGAGAAAAGACCAUCCAGAGAGGCCAAAAGACCGGUUAGUGUUAAGGCUGUUGAAACUCAGCACAGGGCCAACGAAUCCAAGUCAGAGGUGAAGGAGGUGCUCUGCCCCAUUCACCAAAAGCCUCACAGUUUGGCCAACUGCCGGGAAUUUGGCAAGAAGCCUUAUAAAGAAAGACAACAGAUUGUACAGAAGCUGGGCAUAUGUUUUAGGUGCUGUGGAGCAACUCCUCACUUUGCAUCCAACUGCAAAGAGGACGUCAAAUGCGCAAGGUGUAACAGCCUUAAGCAUUGCACCGCGAUGCACAACUCUGACGCUGUCUCCCGCGCCAAAGGGGACACGUCUUCCAAAGAAGGGUCAUCUACUGAAGCCACCAACAUGCAGACCGCGUCACGGAUGCAGGAGGAUGCUCCAUCGGUCGCCUGUACUGAACUAUGCUCUGACGUGCACCAGUUCAGAGUCUGCCAUCCCAUCUGCCUAGCAGAUGUAUAUCCAGCCAGAAGACCUUGGCUUAAAAAGAGACUUUACGUGGCUUUGGAUUCACAAAGCAACGCCUCCCUGGCGACUCCAGAGUUUUUCCAACUGUUUGACAUAAAAACCCAGACGGUCGACUACACCAUGUCCACCUGUGUAGGGAAGAAGAAGUUGCAGGGUCGCAUAGCAUCCGGCUUUGUUGUCUCCUCUUGUGACCAGAAGAGACUGUUCGAGUUACCAGACCUCAUUGAGUGUUCCUCUAUUCCCCGGAACAAAAGGCAGAUUGUCACCAGAGAAGUCGUGGAAGCCCAUCCUCACUUGCGAAAGCUGAAGAACGCCUUACCUGCUUUCCGUCCAGAUGUGGACAUUGCCCUUCUGCUUGGUGCGGACUGUCCGAACUUGUUCUAUGUGAACGACCAAGUUAAGGGACCUCCAGGGGCGCCCAUUGCUCAGCUGCUACCACUAGGCUGGACAGUUACAGGCCCAGUGUGCAUAAAUAGGAUGCACCCUCCAUCGUCGGUGGGCACUCGUCAAGCACACGCGCUUCAAGGCAGUCGCCCCACACUAAUGCAUAGCUGUUUGAGUCAUAUCUCGGUCUAUUGUCAGGGGAUAACACCAGAGUAUUCUUCCAUCUUUGAAGUCUCCGAAAGGGAUGAAACUACAGCGCUUUCCAAGGAUGAACAGAGGUUUUUAGAGAUCAUGAACUCUCAAGUUUCCCGGAGUCCCGAGGGAAAUUGGAUAGCCCCUCUGCCUUUUAAAGCAGAAAAACCCACUUUGCCAAACAACAGGCAUGUGGCAGAAAAUAGACUCUGGUCACUGAAGAAGAAGAUGCAGAAAGACCCCAAGGUGUAUGUGGCUAAUAGAAUCAACAACAUUCUAUCCAGUUCUACGCCUAGCCAGUGGCACCAUGUCGCCACCAGCGACAACCCAGCUGACAUCGCUUCCAGAGGAGCUUCAGCUCAACGAGUGUUAAGUUCAAGUUGGCUGACAGGCCCCAGAUGCUUGACCGAAGUCAAUUUUCCAUCAGCCUUUUCUCCCACCGAAAAUACAGAAUUGCCCGAGUCCGUUCCAGAGGUGAAAGUUUGCAAGAUGACCACAGAAAUCAAGAUGGGCCAAAGAUCUUGCCUGGAACCACACCGUUUUGAACGUUUUUCGGAGUGGCACAGUCUUCUUAGAGCAGUUGCUAGGCUUAUACAUCGUUUAGCUUGCAAAGAUAGUGAGCCUUUACAGGUCCAGGAUAUGAUAAAGGCUAAGAGCGUCAUAUUCAAGUCAGUACAGAGAUCUGCUUUCAAGCAGGAAAUAGCUAGGCUAGAGCAAGGGCUCAACAUCCCUAAUCAAAGUCUUCUAAAUGAGUUAAACCCAUUUCUAGACAAGGAGGGUAUUUUGAGAGUUGGAGGAAGGUUAGCCAAAGCUAAACUCAAGGCGUGCAUAAAAAACCCCAUCAUCAUACCCCCUAAUAGUCACACUGCAUUGCUGCUCGUUCGGCAUCACCAUGAAAGGAUCCAUCAUCAGGGUAGAACUCUAACUGAGGCAGCCCUUAGAAAUGAAGGUCUGUGGGUAGUUAAUGCCAAAAGGUUGGUCAACAGUUGUAUUUUCAAAUGUGUUAAAUGCAGGCGCCUUAGGCGAAACUGUCAAAGUCAGUUGAUGGCAGAACUACCUCAGGAUAGGACUUUGACAGACCCACCCUUUUCCCAUGUGGGAAUCGAUGUGUUUGGUCCUUGGGAGGUUGUCACUAGGAAAACCAGGGGUGGUGUUGUAAAUAACAAGAGGUGGGCAGUUUUGUUUACUUGUUUAGUAAUACGAGCUGUCCAUAUAGAAGUCAUAGAAGGGAUGGACACUUCAUCAUUUUUAAACGCAUUAAAAAGGUUCAUAGCCCUCAGAGGGCCAAUUAAGUCAAUUCGGUCGGACUGUGGCACCAAUUUUGUAGGUGCGACCAAAGAACUCAAUUGUGUGUCUAGGUUUGGGAGAGACCCAAAGGUUCAGAACUUUACGAAUACUGAACAAAUUAUGUGGACUUUCAAUGUUCCUCACGCCUCCCACAUGGGUGGUGUUUGGGAGAGGAUGAUUGGUAUUAGUCGCAAAAUCUUUAAUGCCAUGCUUUUGAGUCAUAGGUCAUUGACGCAUGAUGUUUUGGUGACACUUAUGGCGGAAGUUACCGCAAUUAUCAACAACCGGCCGCUGGUUCCCCUUACCAGUGACCCUGAGAACUUACAACCACUGACUCCUGCACUUAUUUUGACACAAAAGGUGCCAGGAUGGAAGGACAUCAUGUUGCCAGUUCCGGACGGAACUCACCGUGCCCUGUGGAAACAGGUGCAGUCCUUGGCCAACCACUUUUGGAAAAGGUGGAAAGCUGAGUACUUAAGCCAGCUUCAAGCUAGAAGAAUCUGGCAAAGCCCACAGGACAACAUUGAGGUUAACAACGUUGUGUUGUUAAAGGACAAAGACUUGCCCCGCCAUGCAUGGCCCAUGGGCAUUGUAUUAAAGACCUUUCCUUGCCCGGAUGGUAAGGUCAGGAAAGUUCAAUUAAAGACUUGCAACAGAGACAAAGUGUCCAUUUUGGACAGACCAAUUAGUGACCUCGUGUUGCUUAUUGGAGAUGUUUAAAGUUCUAGUGUUUGUAUUGUCAUAUGUGCAAAGGUGUUUGUAUGUUUUUGAGUGGUAAAUUCCCACAUCCUGGGAAUUUAAGCGGGGAGUGUUCCGUCCCCCAGGACGAUGGUUUGCCUUACUUAUUGGUCGUUUGUUUGUUUUCCCUCCUUUGCAUUUUGUUUCAGCCUCUGGCUGCAAAAGCCCAGGAAAGGUGGCUUGAAGUCUGCAAGAGCUGGCUGCAGUUUUCUUUGCAAUGAUUGGUCAAAGAGUACAACAUCUUAGGACCGCCCUUUUUACCAGGGUCUAGUCUCCAUUUUAGAGUUUCAUUCUGGCUAUAGUCUUCCAACGUGCUGGAGCUGUGCAAGGCUAACUGGGACAAAUCAUCCUCAAAACCAGGCCAAUCUAAGCCUAUCCAAAUUAGAUAAGUAUUGAAUUAUACUGAUCUGGAAUAGGAAAUCUAGUUAGAGGAGCAGGGUUAUUCCAUCGCUUCUAGAACUAAUCUUUGCUGUAAAGAUAGGGAAGGAAAGAGUUUCUCCUUCUAAUAUAGACAGCGUGAUUAGGGUAUAGUGGUUUUAUAAUCACCUUUGCCUUCUGGAACCAGGGAUAAUUCUGCAACUAAAACCUAUGGAAAUUUGUUUCAUUUUCUGCAACUUUAAGAUCUGUGCCAGGUUUACAACCUUGUAUGAAUAAACAUCCUUUUUUGAAGUUCUCCAGACUCAGUCGUUCAAUAUUUUAGGACAGCUUAUAGGGAUUUGCAGUUCGCCCGGAUAAAGGACGGCACGUUUCAGCUUUAUAGUUUUUUUUUAUUGUCUGGCGGACGGCACAGUUCAAGUGCAAGACAGUGCUUGAUGAUUGACAAUUGUUUUCCUGGUUACUGUUCUAUCAAGAGAGCAAUCCAAUGAACAAAAACACUUUGUGUAACAUGUAUAGAAUAUUUUCUGCAAAGUACCAGACCAUGAUUCAUCCACCUCGCCCCCUAAAACAACUGUUAAUAUUAGUGGUGACUAUUGUUUUCCAUUUCAGUAGAAUUGUGAAUCUAUUCUAGGUUUUAGUCUGAACUUUAAAAGAAUUACAUGUUCCAAAAGUCUUCCUGAGGAGAUCCACAACCCCAAAAGACACCACUAGCUGCUUUUUGCUAGGAGGAAGAAAAAUAAAACUAUAUAUCUCUUUUUUGAUUUAUUUAAUUUAAUUUAAUUCUUUAAGAUAAUGGUCCCUUCAGUUGCCUUUUUUACUUCUCCUCCCACAUGGUUUUUUAAAAAAUGAGUCUUCUUGGUAUUAUGCUUAGAAUUAUAAACUCUGAGAGUCUUUUCAACAGAAGAGUGUGGUAGAAAGGCUUUGACUCAAUAUAUAAACAGAAGAGGCAGGAAAUUCUAUAAAAUGCUGCUUUUUAAACAUUCCUUUUAUUUUUUCAAAAGGAAAUAAAAGUAUCUCUGUGAAGUGGAUUAAAUAAUGAAGUAUUCAUUUACAUUUAAAAAUGGAAGAAAUCUAUAAACUGGCUCAGCAAGAAAAACACAUAGAAUAGACCCCCGCUUCAGAAUUUGUAAUGCCAUAUACUGUAGCAUAAAGUAUAUUCUUCCUUUCCCUUUCCCUUUUCUUUCCCUUUUCUUUCCCCUUUCUUUUUCUUUUUCUUUCUCUCUCUUUCUUUCUUUCUUUCUUUCUUUCUUUCUUUCUUUCUCUUUCUUUCUUUCUUUCUUUCUCUCUCUCUCUCUCUCUCUUGGCAGAUAGAUCUUUAAAGAUCUGUCUAUGAGAUCAUCAAGCAACAUUUCCCUGCCAAAGAAGGAUUAAUCUACAUAAGUUUUCCUACGCCAGUGUUUGACAGAAGCGCUGUAGGAAAUAAGAAAGAAAUACUUCACUUUCUCUCCUGCCUACAUGAGCUUUCAACUCAGCUCACUCUUCAGUGUUUAAUCCAUUAAACAUCCCACUCUGACUUUAAUUAGAAACAUUUGCAUUGAUUGUGCAAAAUUGCACUGAAUUUAAACUUUUCAGUAGAAACAUCAUAUGUCUCAUUCCCACCCCAAAUCCAAGAAGGUUUCUUAAAAAUAGGAAAUACAACUUACACUAAUGGAAAUAUAUAAAUAUGUAGCUACUUGCCAAAUCUGCCAAAGGUGAAUUGAAUAUAUUUCCACUUGUAUGAAAGCAGAAGGGAAUGGGAAAUGAAGGGAAGAAGGAAGGAGGGAGGGAGAAAGAGAGAGGGAGGGAGGGAGAGGGAGAAAGCAAGCAAGCAAGAAAUUAAAGAGAGCUCGUAUUCCUUCUUGUACCAAGAUUGGUUGUAUUCUUUCUUGGAUAGGGAGUUGUCUUUAGUCCAGAUUAAUUACUUGAGAAAGUAAACCUUGGAAGGUUCUCCUUGGACAAUAUUUUCUGCUGUUUAACUCAUAUGAUCAGCUGUCAACACAACACUGUUGAACUUCCUGAGUCUUGUCAUCCUAAAUCUGUUCAGUGUCAAAACUACAUCAAAUUGGGAUUAAACAAAAUAAUACCCCCGAAAUGGAAAGAACCAGCCUUUGAAGGUCCAAAGUUUGUUCUAAGUUCAGUGAUAAAUCAAAAACUAAUGUGAGUUGAAGAUUUAUUCCCUACUCAGCUAUUCAAAUAAUAACUUUCUGGUUUCGUCAUUGCUAUUAUUAUGGGUUAUUUAAGGUUUCUUUUUGCAGUCCAAUUAUUUUUUUAAAAAAACACAUCCUAUCUUUAGUACAUUUCCCUUUACAAGGGAUGGAAAAAAUAUGCUGUCCUUCCACUUGGUCCAUACUCGAUGGCUAGAUCUACACUGCCCUAUAUAUCCCAGGGUCUGAUCCCAGAUGAUCUGCUUUGAGCCCGAUUAUAUGAGUCUACACUGCCUGGUAAUCUGGGAUAAGAAGAUAAUCUGGGGUCAGAUCCUGGGAUAUAAAGCAAUGUAGAUCUAGCCUAGGGCACUGCAGCAAUUGAACACCUAUGACUAUGAAUGUGUAGUGUGACUGUGAGAAAGUUCUUCUGGUCCAUACUCUGACUCAUUGAAGAGGUCUCCCUAUGGGGAGAAAGGUGGGAUAGAAAUUAAGUACAGUAAAUAAAUACAUACAUACAUUUAAACUAAAGUUUUAUAAAUCAAAGUCUGAUAUUAGUAAACCAGAGACACAUUUUUUUGCAAAUCAAAAUGGUUUUAAGAGGUUGAUCAACUAUUAGUUGAUUACUUCAAGAGUCAAUACAUAGCGAAACAUCUCCUAAUGACCACAAUGGUUGUGAAUACUUGCAAAUUGUUGGAAUUUCUCCUUUUAUGUCCUUUUCACUUAGGCCAUGGAGAUAGGAGCCAACAAUUUAGUCUCUCAACACUGCAAUGAAAAGUUAGAAAGAGGCCAAUUAUUCCCUUGUACUCUGUGACCUAUAAUAGUACUGAUGAUGGAUCUUCCCUUCCCUAAAAUAGGGAACAGGAAUAGAGCUGGAAGGGAGACAGUGAUACAAAAUUGUCUGUACCUUGGUUGGAGUUGACUACCACUAUAUCUGUGUUGAAAGGCUUUUGAAGCUUUAUUAUAAAAGUCAUGCCAAAAACAGUGUUCCCAAAGAUUAUAGAAUAAAAAACGUAGAUUAACCAGUACAAGUGGUAUUGACUGUAUCUGACCAACUCCAGCUCUAUGAAAAACAAAAACAAAAUCUGUCCACAGCUGCGGUAAAAGGUGAAAUGUCAUGACCAGUUCCAUCCAUUGGAAAGAAUUUAAGUGCAACAAGAAAAACAAAGUAAUCAGUCCCCUGUGUCUCAGAAAUAAAAUGUUAAAACCUUUUUUUUAAGAUAAGGUAAGCAGCUUCUGGCUCUCCAGAUGUUGUUUUAUUUCAACUCCUAUUGACUUAAGUCAGCACAUCCAAUAUUGUGGGAUCAUGAGAAUCCAGUUAUAGCUGAAAAGCCACAAGUUCUCCACUCUGGUUUUACAGGGUUUCCACUAAAGCUGGAUGGAAGUUGGAAAAAAUGGCGUUGUUUUUUUAAAUCUGGACACAGAUUUUUUUUUCAAUAUGCCUCUGAUUGCCAACUUUUGAGAAACUGUAGCCAGAGAAUAUGUAUUUCCAUGUCCAGCUUAUAGAGUUCAUAUAAGCAUCUGGUUGGGUACUGUAUCUGAGCAAAGAAAUUCAAGCCAUAUCUGCAUGGCCAAAAUACAGUGGGUUCACUACUCAGUUGCUGCAGAAAGUCCAGAUGAUAAGUGGUUGGAUUUAAUUGUUGGAUUAAUCUUGUCAAUGUAGUCAUGGCCUCAGUCUAUGAAAGCUUAUGCUACUGAAUUCAUUCUCUGUUACUCUCUAAGGUCCUACACAAUCAUUUUGCACAAUACUAGACCUGAUAAGCUUUCCAACACAACUCUUCUCUGUCCUUUGGCCUUUUCUUCUUACUAGCACUAUCUCUCUCUUGAAAAGGCUAUGGGCUACUGCAUCUGGAAAAACCUUUAGGUGCCUCCAAAACUAUUGAACUACGAGAGAAACAAAAUCUGAUACAAAACAUAGACCUGUGACUCCAACACUUCAGGUUGUUGAAAGACCGUAACAAAUCCUUUAUUCCGUUUACUUUUUCUCACCAAGAUUUGGUGGGGGCUAUACACUUCAGGGCUCUUUUACCAUGGUUCUCCUUAAAGUGCAUAUACAUAAAAGUCAAAUAUUGGACCUAUGUGGAUUUAUUCCUUUCUAGAUCAGGAUGGACAAUUUCAAAAAGUUGGUGAGCUGGGAUCAGCCCCAGGACUCAUUGUGAUGUAUUAGAGGCUACUAAAUGUUUUGUUUAAGGUAGAAAUCACUAACGUUCCACUUCGGGUUUCUAUUGGUUUUUGCUUCAAAUGGAAAGAGGAGCUACUUCAGCACAAAAAUAACAAUCCUAGAGACUUCCAGAAGCAGGAAAAUCAAUUUUCCAAGAUUCUUUUCUUUGAAAAAAAUGCAUGGUAAAGGUUGCCAGUUAAAACUACGUCAUUCAUUUUGCUUAUCCUUUUUCUUGAUAAAUUAAUUGUCUGGAUUUUUUUGUAAGAUGGUGACUUUGUUGAACAUGUCUCACUGUCGGUGUAAAGCACCAAGAACAGCAAUGAUAUGUUGACAGUUUUAGUACUGAAAUUCUCGCUUAUUUUCAAAUGUAUGACAGGAUGAGGGCAAUUUCUUUGAUGGAAUAAUAGUAUAGUAGUACCUUAGGGGGGCAUGAAUUAGGUGCCAUGUGCAGCUGUGCAUGCUUAUUAAAUGUUUUAAAAGUAUAGAUUGUGUUCCAUCCAGACCAUCUGCAUAUUCAAUCCUUUUUUCUUUCCUCUGUGGAAAAUGACACAUUUCUUCAAAAGUUUUAUUGUAUUUUAUUGUGGUAUUUGCUAGAAAAAGCAGGAUGGAGAGAACCUCUGCUCUAUAUAUUCCAAAUCAGCGCUAACCAAUAUAAUGGCAUGGACAUAAUUGUUGGAGCUGUAGUUCAGCCAUAUUUGGAUUGCCUCUGAUUCCCUUCCACACAGCCAUAUAACCCAGAAUAUCAAGGCAGAUAACCCACAAUAUCUGCUUUGAAUUGGAUUAUCUGGGUCCACACUACCAUAUAAUCCAUUUCAAUAUGGAUUUUAUACAUUUGUGUGGAAGGGGUCCUAGAGCACAACUGCUUACAUAUACUAUAUGUUCAAAAAUAAAUUCCAUUAAAUACAAAGGGAAUAAUUGCAUCCUCAAUAUGACUUAGCUUGUAUAAUAAUAGUGCCUGGCUAGAGUUUUAGCCAGGCACUAUUAUGUCACUAUUAUGACAAUAUGACUUAGCUUGUAUAAUAAUAGUGCCUGGCUAGAGUUUUCCAAACAUACCUGUGGGCAUGUUUCAAUUACCCCAGUUUUUAAUACUAUAUGUUUAACAGCUGUGUUAGUGACAUAUCCAGGUUUAAGUCAAUUUUUGCCACAAGUGUCAUUUUUUUGCCAUUACAGGAGUUAGGAUUCUCUUCCAUCUCUGCAGUGAUCAGACACUCUCCUCCACCAUUUAGUUGCUACAAUUUGUGGCUAAUCUAUCACUGGUAGAGAGCAUGGAUGACAGAGAAGUAUCAGGUUAUACAUGUGUGUCCAAAUAUAGAAUGAUUAUGUUGUCCACUGAGACCUCCAGUGAGUCAUCUUUGGUGGAUUAUAUCUGCAUCUCACUGUCGCCAUAUAGUCAGAAACUCGGUUUUGGAUUGCUGCAGAGGAGGGGCUCUAGCUGCUCAGUGAUAGAUGUCGGCUUAUUGUGAUAUAUAGCUUAGUUCUUCAUGGAGCAUCACAUCAUUCAGUAGCCUACAUGAUCUUGGUAACCCCAGUUUUUGGUGUCUUGGUUUUUAGGCCUGUUCCUGGGAUUAUUUGGAGUGCUAGUUCAGAAAAUAGCAUUGGAUAGACCACAUCAGCUCUAGUUUCUUAGAUACGGUUAUCAUGACUUUCUAAGGGAAAGCAGAUAAAGAGUGGCUUAUGGCAUCAGUUCUGCAUCUCAAAUAGUACAGUUGAUCCUGAAACUCCAAAACUCCAGAGGGGAAAACUGGUAUCAUUUUUGGAUUCAGCAGGUCAAAUAUACCCAGGAACAGGACUAACAUUUGAGGUAUUAUUAUUUGAAACACAACAAGAUGAGUCCACAGCAGACACUCUACUGGCUGUUGUAUUGGAUCACACGUCGGACACUUCCCAAGUGUCUAGGACUGUGUGAUGUAUUGGCGAAUAAUGUGUGCAGAUCCCAGUAAGGUGGCCUUCUGCAGCUGGCAGGUGGGGAUUUUGUCAGCACCAAUUGUGUUUAAGUGCAGGCCAAGGUCUUUAGGCACUGCACCCAGUGUGCCGAUCACCACUGGGACCACCUUGACUGGCUUGUGCCAGAGUCUUUGCAAUUCGAACUUUAAAUCCUCAUAUCGUGUCAGUUUUUCCAGUUUUUCCAGCUUUCUUACAACCUGGAAUCUAAGUUGUGCUUUGCAGUCUAGGAAGCUGUUGCAUGUAACUCAGCUCUGCUUUACUGACCAAGAGCUUUUGCUGUUUAAUAGUGGAUGAAUUUCAAAAAUAAAAACCUGAAAAUGUAAGUUCAGCAAAGAAUAUUAGGAAUAUUAGGCCCAAAUUAUGGAUGAGGAGAACUAAGCAAUAAGUAAAUGCUGGGCAAGAAGGAUUAAACUAUGAUCUCCUUGUAUUUGCACUUCAGAUGAAGACUCAAACUAAUUAAUAUAAAAUGAAAUGAAAAUAUUUUAUUAUGUUAUUAGUAAUUACUAUGUGUUUUAGGAUAUGUUUUUCAUUAGUUUAACUGUGGCUUUCAAAAUAUGUAACAUAAUUUUUAAGCUUGUACAGUUUUACAGUUAUUAAUGAGGCUGUUGAAACAACUGUUCUGCUCAGCCUGAGGGUAUUGGCUUCAAAAACACUUGCUAUGUGGCAGAAGCCAAAAUACUUUGGCCAAACACAGAACUAUAAAGGCAUUUCUAAAAUCCCUCUUUUCUCCUUGCACCAAGGGGCUUUAUUUGUCAUUUAGUACUUUUGCAAUAAGCAGCUUUUGUGUGCCCAGGUCUAUGCAUAAAUAAAUAUAUUGUAUAGGAAUAUAGUGAUCUGCCCUACACGUUGGGAGAAAAUGUAUUUUAUUUGUACUUCUUCGAUCUAUAAAAUGUACUCCCUAGUGAAACCUGCCUGAGCCUGGCAUUAUAUUUUCAGUAAAUGCCAGUUUUAUAGACAACGUUAGACUCAUUGGUCAUCUUUAAAAUUUAUUUGUGGAUUGAGGGGGGGUUAUUUUGUUGUGUUGUUUUUAGCUUACAUUCUAGCUUUCAGAUGUCUAAAAGUGUUCCAAGAAAAAGCUUCCAAAAAUACAACAGGUCCAAACAUCAUAAUAAUAAUUCCAGGUCAUAUUCUCUAUCUUUCCCAGUUAUUUGAUCUGACUGAUAGUAUCUCCCAGGCAGAGACAUUUUCUUCCCUCUGAUCUCUUUAACUCAUAUUGAGGAAAUAGCUCUCAUUCAGGAUGCUGCACUCCACUUUCCAACAUUCUCUAUGGUAGAUAGUGUCGAUGGGAUUUGCAGUUCAAAAUCUGGGAGGGACCGGCACUCCUUAUCCCUGUUGUGGAUAUUGACAGAUUGUAUGCCAUGAACAGAGAGGUGCCUGUCUUAUGGAAGCUUUAUUCAUGACAAUUUGUGACAUCACAACUUGCCAAGCAAUGUCUGUGCAUUAAAGAGAAGGGGUGCUAUUAUGUGGCAGACAGAAGACAGGGUAUUUGUGGAGUGGUUCCUGUUUUGCUUUUUUAGCUGAGCUGAUAAAAUAUGGAUUUAACUCACCAUACAGCAGUAUAUGUGAAUAGAAUCCAUAUAUGGAAUAUAUCCCCUUUAUUUUCAGUCAAACAAGAGUCCUGCAGUGUUUGGGAUGUUGCUGGCUCCUCAUCCUUCUGUAGCCCUUAGCCAGCAAUGGCCCUUGUGCUAUGUUGCCUAAAUUUAAUUUCAUGGAGGAAGAGUGAUGCCGUAAGCAUCCUCGUCCACAGGUCAGGACUCCGGGGGCCGAGUAGCUUCUGCCAGAUUCCAGAGAUGUUUCAACGGAAAGAGAAAACAGCUUUGGUGGAAAAACUAGGACAGGGAAAACUCAUCUUUCAAGUUCACUGAGUUAAUUCCAGUGCUCCCUUUGAUGCCAUCCAGUCCACCAGCAGAAUUGGUCCAUGAGUUAGCACUGCCCCAGGCUCUGCAGAGCUUUUGGGGGGGGGGGGGGAUGGGGAGCGGGGAAGCUCAGUACUGUGAGGCUGAUGGUUGUGGAUUAUUGGAGCUACAGCUGUAAUUCCCAGAGGACAUGCCACAAAAAAUGAUCUGCAUAUCAUGACAGGAAAGACCAUUACAAAAAUAAAGCAGUCUUGUAAGUGAGCCUAUCAGAGUUGCUUGGCUGCAAAUAUUUACUAGCUUGCAGGGGGCAGGUAAUGGUGGGGCAGAGAGCUGCAUUUCUGUGCCGGAUUCAGAGGAUGUGCAGACUACUUCACUCCACAUCUCCCUGCCUGUGGAAUUACAUGCAAACCCAUUAAUUCACUUCCUGACCACUACACUGAAAUUUAUUUCUUUGGAUCACAGAAUCUGCCAGUCAGCAUGUUCACUUGUGGCCCAAAGAAAUAACCAAGGUCACAUGAUAAGAAGGUUUGUUUUCAAAGAUAUGCCAAACCCUGGUUCUAGUCAUUCAGUGACUUCGCCAAUUUUUGGUGCUUCUUGGAUCAACCGUUGUGAUUUGGUUACUGUGGCAAAUUAGCACUGGGCCAACUUUUUCAUUCUAGUUUUACUUUGCAGUGCCAAAGAAGGAGGGGCGGGGGGGGGGGUGUGUGUGUGUGCACAAACUCUCCUUCUCCAGCUGUUGCAUUCUGGCCUGAAAUAGGUGCCAGUGGGGGCUAAUUUUGUCAAGGCAGUCCCCAUGACAACUUAUAGUGAAUAACUUACUUUGACAGAUUUAAAGACCAGAAUAUAAAGCCUUUUGAAUUGGCAUCCAUAUAAAUUUCAAUAGGUUCUUCCAAUCCCCUUCCCCAGUAAUCCAACUAAUUCUGGAAUAGAUUAGUAGAUUGGAUGAUGUGGAAGAGGCAAGAACGUAAGGUAGUCUCCUUUGUCCAGCACUGUACUGGCAGAUUAUAAAUGGCUUGAUGUGUGGGGGAUAUGGUGUUCAGUGUAGAAGAGAUACUUCUUUAUUCAUUCACCUUGUCAAAAUUUGAUUUUGGAAUAAAAGUAUUCACUGAUUUCUGCACUGUCUCCUCAUAUCAUGGUCCUCAGCCAGAUUUUGGUGACCUCAACUAUGUCCAAUGCAAGUGGAUGAUAAUGGAAGGUGUAGACUACCUAGCUGGGGAACAUCCAGUUGGGAAACUCUUUUACAGAAUAAAAUGCUUUCUAUUCUCCCUGUGACAGCAAAGUUUAGGGUAAAUAUGAAUAAAAUCACAAUGAGUUUGCAAGCUGCUACCUUGCAGUAGGCUAUGAGGCAGGCAACAAGUUGGGCAGGAAAAGUAUAUAUAUUUGAUAACAUUAACUUUAGCGAUAGGAAAAUAAAAAGUUGCUGUUUAAAACUACUUUGCAGGUUUCAGUAACUGACUAUGUGGCAGUAACUAACUACUUGACAGAUUUCACUAGUAACUAAUUGCUUUUACAGGAACAGUCCAAGCUCUACUCUUUAUCAGGCCAGUUUUUCCAUACACCAGGCGCUUUUUGAGCCAGGCUAUACAAGUUUGCUUAUUUACAGCAAAUUUAUUCAAGUUCAUAUGAAUCAGGAAAUCGAGGCAGGCAAGAGGGCAUAAUAAUAAUAAACCAACCCAAGGCCACUACCAGUCCAGGAGAGUUGGAGGCACGAAGUCCCGUCUGUCUCCAAAGACAAUGUUCCAUGCUCAAAAAUAUGUCUACCAAAGUAGACUCGACAUCCUGUCUAAGUUUUUAGAUGUUGUGUGGUCAAGCAGCACUGGUGAUGACUUAAAAGCAGGGCAAAAGAGAGACGUUCUUUUAAACUUCUGGCUGGGAACAACCACAAAAUCUGGAAUUCAGAGCCUCUUUACGUCUCUUCCCGUAAUUUUCCUCGCCACAGUUAAAUAUUAAGAUCGCCGUGACAUUCCCUGUGACCUUUGGAGGGCAGAGUCCUCAGAGAUUCUUGAUUAUUUACCUUACAUUCUGUAUUAUCUCAAAUUACCAGGCUCUCAGUCUAUAUUGCUUUCCCCUUCCUGUCCCUCACCUGGUGCCCCUUCCCAGCGCUAAGCCGAAAGCAAAGCUUUGUGGCUUGUUAGAAAGCCCUAAAAGUAAAAUAUUGACGUAAAGAUUUUUCUUACAGCUGAGGUGACAGAUAAUUACACUUGUAGGUCACAGGUUCCCACAGCAUGUCAGGUUCAAAUCGUGCCUUUAAAACCACCCAGUCCCAAAGUAUGUUCUUUUUCCUGUAAAUUCAGAUUGUUGUCAGAAGGUAAAAGAAAAGGAGGGGGACUACUUCUUGGAACUCAAAUAGCAAAUGUUGUUUGAUAGCCUUUUGACAGUUCCUCUGUUGGGAGAGACAGAAGAAGGGAAUAAUUAUGUUUGGCAUGUGUGUUUGUUUCUUGAGUGAAUGCCCUGUGUUGAAUUAGCACAGCAAUUUAUGAUUAAAAGCUUUCUCCUUUAUCAACCUCUGCUGCCAAUAAACGGAGAGAUUUGUGAAUAUCUUUGCAAAUUAGGGUCAGGUAUCAACCUUCUUCUGCAGCUCAGAUCGUUUCAAACAGAGCAUUGAAAUACCAUCAUUAAAUUGAUUUGGUAAACAUGGGGGGGGGGCAGUGAAUGAACAUCAUUGAUAACUACCAAAUUUGCAUCAAGGAGGAACAUUUUCUAAUGAGAACAGACAUUAAAGAUGGCUGGGAAAUUUAUAACAGUUUCUUUAUCAGUGGGAAAGGGAUACUCAUAUUUACAGGUUGAAUAUCUCUUUUCCAAAAUGCUUAGGAUCAGGAGUGCAUUUUGGAAGACUUGUUUUGGCUUAUACAUACAUAAUCUUGGAAAUUGAAUCCAACUCAAUUUACAGCUUAUACACACAGCUGACAAUAUUUUCAUAGUUUUGGGCCUGAAACAAUGUUUGUGCACAUUGAGCCAUGGGAACAUUUAAGAAAUUUCAAAGUGAACAACCCAUGUCUGGAAUACCAAAAUACAAAAUAUGCCAAAAUCCAAAAUUGCCCACAUGGGUAUCUGAGAUAGUUAACACCUGAGUUUUCUGAUGCUUCAAUGUGUACAAACUAUGUUUCAUGCACAAUUUUUUUAAAAAUAGAUUGUAUACAAAAUUACCUUCAUGCAGUGUGUAUAAGAUGUCUAUGAAAUAUAAAUGAAUUUUAUGUUUAAAUGUGGGUCCCAUCUCCAAGAUAUCCCAUUAUAUACAUACAGGCAGUCCCCAAGUUGCGAAUAAGAUGGGUUCUGUAGGUUUUUUCUUGCUGUCUGUGCCCCUGUUCAGAAGAUUUUACCUCACUUUGUCUCCCUAUGAUAAUUAGAUUUUGAAAAAUGUGGCUUGUUGUGGAAACAAGGAUUGGUGUGAAAACUUCAGUGGAGACACACUUUCCCCAUGAGAACUCAUCCAGGAGUGAAUUUCCCUUCCAAGGGAUAGAUUUCUCUCACUUCUUCUUGUCUUCCGCCCUGUUCUUAACUGUGAGUCAUUUGUAAGUUGGAUGUUUGUAAUUCUGGAAUUGCCUGUAUAUGAAAAUACAGAUCUUCCAAAAUCUGAAAGACAUCCAAAAUCCAAAACACUUUUGGUCCCAAACAUUUUGAAUAAGGGAUGCUUAAUAUGUACAUUACUAUUAACUAGUGAACUAAAUUCUGGAGUUUCAGGAUCCUGUCAACCAUUCUGUGCUUGUCCUCCACCCUGCCUCCCCUUUGCAUAGAAAUGAAAGUUCACUUAAGGCACAUGGACACACAGAAAGUGCAUUGUUUCUCUCCCCACAUGUUGUAAAUAUUACAGGUACAAAGGUGUUAUUCAUUCAGUAGCAGAGUUUAUUUUCCCAUUGCUUUUUGUGGCCUCAAAAGCCUCUGUGGCUUUCUUUACAGCAUCCUUUCUGGCCAUGUGCAGUUCACGAACAGAAGAAUUGCCUUGCUUGGAGCAUCCAAGUCCAACAUCCAGUUUCCUCCAGAAGCCAGUCAGAUACUUCUGGAAGAAUACAAAUAGUCCAGACAGAUCAAGACCCUUCUUUGUAGGUUGAAAGAUUUCCAGAUGAAUGGUUCUAAAUACUAGUAACAACAAAGCACUGCAUAAGUGUUUGUCUAUUUUCCCCCUUGAAUGGAAGAAGAAAAGAUGAAAGCAAAGAUGAGUUAUCCAUUAGAGGGAAACAAUUGUCUACAGAACCCUUAUUGAAUUUGAUAAAUAAAUCAGGGCAGUGAUAUGAUUUUAAUAACAUCUCUGGAAAUAUUCUCUUUUAUGGGUGAAAAAGCAGAAUAUACAUAUAAUAAUAAUGAGCCUCAUCCCCAUCCUUAAGAGGUUAACUAAUCUGCAUCAAGAGAGAAUACUCAUGCAAUGAGUUAACAAAUUUUUUUUAGAAUGAACAUACAGCAAAAACUUGAGAAUGAAAGAGUAGUUCGUCACUUGAGAGGAGCUUAUAAUAUUAUGUGUAGCAGUACCAUCUGGUGGUACCCUAUGGUACAUCACACAGGAGAGUAAUCUCUUUUCAAUAACUUGCGGAGCUUAACAGCUCUAUAAACCUUGUGUCAAAACCAGCAGACAACACUUAGAGGCUUCAAUAGUCAAGCUGGGCAUUUUUUAACAUUUAUUGUGAAAGAAUGAUGGUUCAAACCUUCCACAAAUCUUUACCACUUUACGUCAUUCUUUCCGGCUUUUGGUUUAGCAAAACACUGUAUGCAGUGCUGAGAAAAAAGCUUCCCAGCACUAUACUUUCUUGCCUUCUUCUCCCCUCUGCCCUAAAUAAAUCUUCAUGCCCAAUCAAGGGUUGUUUUACUUUAAAACUUGCAUUUAUUUUUGGCCGUCCUUGCUCACAAUGUUUUAACAAUGCUUGGGUGGCUUAGUUGUCCGAAGACAUUUGUGGGAGAGAGAGAGAUCGAGGCUCUUGAGAAUAUCGCUUUUUUCCAGUAAAUAAGGAAAAGAGAUUAUCAUCAUGUUUCUUUAUUAUCUUUAUUAAUAUUUCAGUCUGUAAAUGGCGCCACUUAAUGGGGGAGACGAGAGGAGUCAUAAAGUCAACUGAGGCCUGGGGCAAAAUCCAAGCAAGCUGUCAAAUGCUGAAAGCAGGAGAAAUCCUUAUCAGUGAGUAGAGGCAGCAAAGCCAACCCAAAAUAAUUUAUUGCCAGAGGCAAGGGAUAAGAUGGCAGUCCUCCACAUCUCCCAUGCAGAAAGCAAAUGGGAUUAAGAGCUGAAUCUUCUGUCAACACUAGCAAUGAGAUGGUGGCUUCCAUGGCACCUCAGGCCUCCAAUCUAGUUCAGAUGAAGGGAGGCAGGGUGAGCUUUGUGUCAAGCAACACUCUCUUCUCAUAUCUUCCAUCGUAUAAGGCUGGCCGAGGGUGCAGUCGUUGUGGCUUUUUGAACAUCUAGAAAAGUCUAGUCAUUGAAUGUUCCAUUCUUCUUUUUCCACUGGAGAAUGGCCCAACUAUUUGAAGCCAGGGUUCUCACCUGCCUCAUCAAAUUGUUUUGAGAUGGGAAAAAACAAAGUACAGUGCAAAUUAAAUCUAUUUUGGGCACCUUGAGUAGUUCCUUUAAAAAUCAGAUGGAAACCCAACCAACAUAUAUUGCUGCAUUGACAUGGAGAUCCCCCAGAUGUUGUGUUGCUGCUACCCCAUUUUGUGUCUCCUUGUGCAGAAAAUAAAGAAAUCAUUGCAUUGCUUGUUCAGUAAGAGGAACUGGGUAGCAAUGAAAAAGUAAGGGCUCAGGAAUGCUAACACCAGUAAAGAGCAUUUAAAAUAUAAUUUACUGUGAUGAAAUUAUGAACAGGUCUUCAAGACUCAUGAUCUUUCGGCAACCUUGCUGUAUCAUAGAUUACUAGUUGUCUAACUGACUGUGUUGGGUUCCCCUAUUUGGAGAAAAUAUUAACUAACACCAGUUUCGUGAUCUAUUUGCAGACCUGGAGGGUAGGGUCAAUGACAUGGCCAGCCCCAGUAGGACCACAAGCAGAGGUUAUGCUUAGGAUUACACCUUUUCUCAGAGACCUGUAUGGGGUUCCUCUUGAUCUAGCGGUAAUGUGAGUCCUGAUCUGUGACAUUACAAAGUUGUCCCUCCCAAUAGUAGAACUCACACACCUGUACAAACUGGUCCCUAUUUUUGGAAUGUAUCCCGGUCCCAAUUACUUUAAUCUGGCCUUCAAAAUGAGCAAGGGCAGUGGACAAUCCCAUAGUGACUGGAUAGGAGCUUGUAAAGUGGGAUCUCCUUUUUCUGAGGCCCAUAGAAUUUGCUGGUCCUGUCCCAGAGAAGAUGUCAUUUCUGUAUUCCCUUCCCUCCUAUCCUCUGUGGACAUUUCCAACAUCCCUUUUGAUCAAGUUUACACUAGCAUUUUUUUUCUAGUUUCCUAUUAGUUUCAUGAUUUUAUAUGUAUACCAGUGGGACUAAGACUUUUGUGAAAGUGCGCAGGACUUUUGCCAGACUGAAUUUUGAAUUAAUAAGGCUUACUUCAGUGUUAGAAGCCAAGAAUUUCUGCAUACGUGUGCCAUAGGAACAUGGAGAUAUGCAUCCCUCAAAUUUAUUAAUGCCAGGUAGUCUUCCUGUUACAAAUAAUCAAUCAUGAAAGAGAGUCCUGCUGGCACUUCCUUCUUCCUCCUGCCCUGAGCUCCCAUCUGGUGUGCAGUGCAAUUGAAGUUUCAAAUAAAGAAACGUGCAAUUGUUUACUUUUAGUGUCCCUUCUUGGCAGUCUGUUUCAUGUCCCCAAUUUGUAACCAUCUGGAUUUUAAGAAUGAAGAGAUCUAUAAAGAAAACAAAGGGCAGAUUUUCAAACAGGAUAUCAUGCUCAACUCAAUGUAUAAUUUAAAACAAAAUUGAGGCCCAUUAUGAUUCUUCUAAUUCCUCCCAUCUGCCUCAUUGAAAUAUAGGGGAAACAAUAUUUUCAGAGGAAGAGGAGAGGGAUAGACUAUUUGUGACUUUAUUUAUUUAAAAUGUUACUCAUUUGCCUUUUCUCAUACCAACAUUUCUCAUACCGAAUGAAAUUCCUAAAUGAUUUCAUUUCAAAAUAGGACAAAUGAGAAGUGCAAUAUUUUGAAUAGCAGAUAACUGAUUGAUAAAUUGAAAGAUAAAGAGGAAUAUUAAUUUAAUUCAAAAAUAUCCAAAACAAAAAAGUUGAGACUAAGGAUGUGUCUAACACAGUAGAAUCAAUGCAAUUCAACACCACUCGCAACGUCAUGGCUCAUUGCUGUAGAAUACUAGGAUCUGUAGUCUGCUGAAGCACCAUCUUAUAAAACUACAACUCCCAGGAUUCCAUGGCAUUGAAUCAUGACAAUUAUAGUGGUGUCAAAUUACACUAAUAAUUUUUUGUAGAUUCAGCCUUAGUGGGAGAAUCUGGCC